GGUUACGAUUUGUGAAAAGGAGGAAGGUGGUUGGAAGAGUAUCAGGCGUGCCCUCCCUGUUUUCCUUUUUCUAAAAAGGACUGCGUGGAAGGAAAACGAGGAGCCUGCCGAGUUUUGGCCUAGGUGGUCCUGCCUCCCCGGGGGCGCCCGGAUCCACCCUACCAGACACAGCAUGGUGACGGAGAAGGAAAUCGAGCGGAUCGGCAAGACCCUGGUGGACUCCGGCCAGCCCCUGAAGAGCCGCUUCCGGGCGCUCUUCACCCUGCGUAACCUGGGGGGGCCGGCUGCCAUCGAGUGGAUCAGCCAGGCCUUCGGGGAUGACUCUGCCCUUCUCAAGCACGAGCUGGCCUACUGCCUCGGGCAGAUGCAGGACGAAGGAGCCAUCCCCAUUCUGCUCCACGUGCUACAGGACGCCUCUCAGGAGCCCAUGGUCCGGCACGAAGCAGGUGAAGCUUUGGGAGCUGUUGGGAACCCCAAAGUGCUGGAUGUCUUGAGACUGUACUCAAAGGACCCCGUUAUUGAGGUCGCCGAAACGUGCCAGCUGGCCGUGAAGAGGCUGGAGUGGUUUCAGACGCACCAAGCGGAGCCCUCGACCGGUCCCUACAGUUCCGUGGACCCGGCCCCCCCUGCCCCAGAGGAGGAUGUGGGGAAGCUGAGGGAAGCCCUGCUGGACGAAUCGCGGCCGCUCUUCGAGCGCUACCGGGCCAUGUUCGCCCUACGGAACCUCGGGGGAGAGCCCGCUGUCCUUGCCCUCGCUGACGGCCUGAAAGCCGGCAGUGCCCUCUUCCGCCACGAGAUUGCGUACGUCCUGGGUCAGAUGCAGCACGAGGCCGCCAUCCCGCAGCUGACAGCUGCCCUGGAGGACGCGUCCGAGAACCCCAUGGUGCGCCACGAGUGUGCCGAGGCCUUGGGCUCCAUCGCCAAGGCCUCCUGCUUGGCCACUCUGCAGGCGUACGCCCGGGACGAGGAGCGGGUGGUCCGGGAGAGCUGCGAAGUGGCCCUGGACAUGUACGAUUAUGAGAAUGGGACGGACUUCCAGUACGCCGACGGGCUGAGCAAGCCGCAGGCCUCCGACUGAAAGGAAGGGGGUGGGUUGCUUGCCGCUGUCCCCUCCCCUGGGCACCCCCCUUUUCCUGCUGAUGCCUGUAAUUCCACCGUCAUUUGGCGUUCCGUGCUCCCAGUCACCGUGCAGGAGGCUGGCCUGAGUCAUUAAAUUAUUUCAGCCUUUUCUUUCUCGUUUUCCCUCUCAGCUGGGUCGGAGGCACAGGACAGGUCCUAUCAGUUGUUUUGUGAUGGCGGCCCGCACUCAUUUUUGGGUCCUUGUUACCUCGUGACCAGAACUUCCAUGGGGGGUAGGGGCGGAGUCGGGUCUCUCUGCGUCAGUACCCUGGCAGCUCUUGGGAGCCCCCGGGCUGGAGUGUACAGCUCCACGCGGACGGCUGGGUACCCCUCCUGCCAUUUGGAGUGGCAGGCAUUUGGCAAAAGCCCGAAGCACCCUAAGGUCCUUCACUGUCCAGAUUGGUGUGGUGGUUAAGAGCAUGGACUGUAAUCUGGGAGAACCGGGCUUGA